AGACGCUGAGAUUAAGGAUUAAUGUGUAAUUAGAUGAUGGUUGCCUUCAGUUGUUCAAGGACAUAGUCCCUAGAAACUCAGGUAUGUGGUAUGAGGAAGCUGCAGGCAAUUAAAGCGUGCGUUCGUCUUGCAAAGCACAGCGGAAGGAUUGUGUUUUAACAUCAUGAGGCUGGGUCAUAUAUAAUACUACCGUGCAAGAUAGCUGUGACACACCGUGUCGCAUCUUCUUAACCAUGUGUGUGCUCAGUUCAUUGGUGAGCACUAACAGUUUUCCAUAAGACAGUAAAGUACUUUCUGGAGUUGGCAGAGUCUGCUGUACUUUCGCCUAAAGUGAAGAUUGCGUGGUAACUUGGCUUUUUAUUUGGAAUGACUCUCAAGAUAGCAACUCAGAAGGUGAGGUAAUUUCUAUUGAAACUGACGACAAGAAUCUGUUUGCACUUCAUGGCAGCAGUGCUGUGUGUAUAUAGUCAAACGACGUCCCGAUGGAGAGCAGGUAACAGCAGAUAAGGGCAUGGAUAUUUACAAGAAGGAACUCCAAUAUCUGUGUAAUGCAAAGCACGAAGACCUUACAUGAACCCCUUUCAACGCCACCUCCUAUACUCGACCUGCGAGCAUAACGACUUGACACCUGGUGACGUCACAGCAGGGUUGCGGUCAAUUAUUCCAGCACCUGUCUUAAAAAUUAAUUUUACCAAGGAAGCCGCAAUCGAUGUUUACGGUGGAUUUUCAUUUGCGCGACGUUGCAAGUGAAGUGGACCUCCGGAAAGUCUAUUAUCGGCCGUCUACGGGAUUUAAAGGAAUCUCCUUCAACAAGCAAGGUAAACUGUUUUCCGACAAAGGAUUUUAAAUAGCUGUCAGGUCCCACCUGCAGCGGAACCAACCAGCUUUUGACAAACAGGCAACUCUUCGCCUGUAAGAUUGCAUUUAUGUGUACCUUUGCAUCCGCAUUGUGCAGCAUAAAUGUCGAAGUUUAUGAAUACAAUGUGAUGUGAUAUACAGUGAUGAAGGCAAUGAUUGGCUGUAGUGAAUAUGUCGUUUAGGGUUAUUCUGUAGGCUGUGUUCACGUAGACUGCUGCUAGACACACUCGUUGCCUGGACAAACUCUGGUAUGGUAUAAAGAACCUAUUGCAGCCUGUCAUAUAUCUUUUUGAAGUGGAGGCUAGCAGAGACAGUGGCCAUGAUUUUAACGUGUUGCACAUUUUCAGAAGAAAUACACACCUGGGGAGCGACUGUGGCGCACUUUACCUCUUAUAUGUGAUUUAUAUGACUUUAUAAGAUAUAUUUGGCUUGAUUGAAAGGGAACGAUUGGUGCAGCGAAACUUUACCCAUAACAAAGGGGAAACAGAUGAAUUAUGACUAAUACUAAUCUUUAAUAAUGUGGGGAUUGCGCUUGAAAAACAAGAGCUACCGUGAUAGACCAAAGGAAACAUUAGCGUCUUGGGGACUGUGAUUUAAAGACAUUGCGACGCGGUCCGUUGCAUUUUAUUGAUUCGUUAAAGAGAUUCUACGAGCCUAUCCAAUGGAAGAGGACCAGGCACCAAAGUUGGGCUCCCUUAAUCUGAAGGGAACGAUGGCAGCAAUAAUGAUACCUCAUGACGACGAGAUAGAGGUCCUCUCUUACAACUCCAUCGACGACAAAAACGCUAAACCGUACGACGCCGAAGUGAAAGUGUACAUCAACGUCAAAGGAAGAUACUCGCGGUACCAUGGCGACGACGUAGUGCCGCUUCCGAUUCACGCGUCAAUGGAAGUGGACCCUGGCGACGAGAAUCAGAGGAAGAUCGUUAGCCGCGCUAUUGUGAUUGUGACUGUUACACUGUUGAUAAUGAGCUUUGCCUUGGUGGCAGUAAUGCUUCGGCUAUCGGAUCACAUUGACAAGCUAGUUGAUCAAGUGUAUGUAGACGUCCAGCCAGAGGGAGGGCAAGGGGUCGGACCCUGGAAGACGUCACCGAGUAUAAGCAAUACGAUAGAUGGCGACACGGUAGGGGAUUUAAACUCUACCACUUUGAACAGUACGAGUGACAAAAGCAACUCUUUUGCUGGUAAUUAUUCCAUGUCAUCUCCACUACAGUAUAUUGCGUCUGUUUCAAGAGUAUUUAGAAAUGGCACGCUUAACGAAGGCAAUCCGGCAUCUUUCUGGAAAAACCCAAAACACAAAGAAGAUGUAGUUUCAGGCAAACAAUACAAGAAAAGACACAUCCCUUUUAAACGAAAAAAUGUUACUUUUUUCGUGGGAUGACGAAUCAAUACGUCUAUAGGUAGUUAAUAAAAGAAGACGAGGAAAUAUUUUCGUCCACCGUGUAUCAUGAUGCAUGCGACGAAAUGCAGAAUAGGUUACAGCCUAUAGAAUUAUGGGGAAUAUUUCUCCGCAUAUGGAAAUAAAUGGUGUAUGUGAGCAGUGAACAUGUAUCGAAAUGAAUAUCACCUUUCUCCAGGAUUAUUGUAUGCAAACCAAAUAACUCUGGAAUCGAGCUCGUUUUUGCUCACAUUAAUGGUGCGCGGGAUGGGAACUUCUGAGAAUGCAUAUUUACACGGGACAUUCCGACCACAUCAAACGAGUUC